CGACUUUCUGUUCUGCAUCUCGAGCGCACGACCAGAAUAUCAUCGACAAUGCAACUUUUCGCUAAGUUUUUGCUGGCUGCUACGGCAGUUCAGGCUCACUAUACUUUCCCAAGGCUUGUGGUGAAUGGGAAGGCCGUCGAAGACAAAGAUUGGUCGGCCACUCGCAAGACCAAGAAUGCGGAAAGCAAGACUGGCAUUGAAAAUCCCACUUCGGGUGAUAUUCGUUGCUAUCAAGCCUCCAACGCUGCCAACAUUGCCACGGUGCCUGCUGGUUCCACCAUUCACUACAUUUCUACCCAGCAAGUCAACCAUCCCGGCCCAACACAAUAUUACUUGGCAAAGGUCCCAUCUGGCGCUUCUCUAACAAGCUGGGAUGGAUCCGGCGCAGUAUGGUUUAAGGUUGGCACAACGAUGCCCACAGUAGAUGCGUCCAAACAGAUGACAUGGCCAGCUCAGAAUGAGUACAAGACUGCGAACGCCACUAUUCCCGCGGCAACGCCAGAUGGUGAAUAUCUUCUCCGCGUCGAACAUAUCGCUCUGCAUAUGGCCAUGCAAGCCAACAAGGCUCAAUUUUACCUCGCAUGCACUCAGGUUAAGAUCACUGGCGGAGGAAGCGGAUCUCCUGGACCCCUCGUAUCCCUACCUGGAGCCUACAAGAGCACCGACCCCGGAAUUUUGGUCGAUUUGAACAAGAUUGCUCAGGCACCCGACACAUACCAGCCUCCAGGACCUGCUGUCUGGAAAGGUUAG